AUGGAAGACUCGCACCUCGAGCAGCAACGUGGUUCGACAUUCGACUUCACUGCCUCUCUGGAAGGAUAUUGGCCUAAUAGCUUGUCACUUCCCGCUACACCGUCAGGCUCGAGCAGCUAUUUCAUUCAAACCCCAAUCCAGCCUGUUCCGGUCGUCCAAGCCUACCAAGCACACACAAAUACGCUACAGAUACCAUUUUCCGCUUAUAUCGUUCCCGCAGCGACAGUGCAGUACGUCGGAUCAUCCGUCAUCCAUCCUAACGUCAUUCAUUGUCGCUUGUGCGGACAGGUUGUUUCCGGCACCGCUACCUUGACGUCUGAACCAUCUCCUGCACCCGUCCUGUCGAACACAAAUCAUAACCAGCUGAAGACAUUCGACGACAAACAACGUGCGUGGAAUAACAUUUCCAGCUCCUCCCACCUCGACACACUUUUCAGUGGAAGCCAACAAUGA